UGUGCGGGUGCUCGGCGACCUCGGGGCGCGGGGCGGGAGAGGCUGGGAUCCCCGAACCCAAGCCGGCAGGCGUCAGCAUGCACCCCGCGACCGGCCCCGCCACCCCCUGGAAACACUUGGCUUUCUGCGAUGCCAAGAACUCAACUUGAGCGUCUCUCCUCGGUGUUAGAUUGGUCUGAUUUGUUCUCACUGUAACAAGCACCACUCCCAAGACCCAGGGCUCCAACUCCCAGGAAAUCCUUAGCACGAAGGAGGCUGAAGUCUUGGAUUCCCUGGUGGAGGACGGACUCCACUGCUCUCUGGUCUCGCCCCCUGAUGAUGAUAGUGUGACCACUGGCAUCUUCAUGAGCUCCAGAGGUCACAGCACGCUCCCACGGACUCUCAUGGCCCCUCGGAUGAUUUCCGAGGGAGACAUAGGAGGCAUUGCUCAGAUCACCUCCUCUCUCUUCUUGGGCAGAGCCAGCGUGGCCUCCAACCGGCACCUCCUCCAGGCCCGCGGCAUCACCUGUGUCAUCAAUGCCACCAUCGAGAUCCCCAACUUCAACUGGCCCCAGUUUGAAUACGUUAAAGUGCCUCUGGCUGACAUUCCUCAUGCCCCCAUUAGACUGUACUUUGACACUGUGGCUGACAAGAUCCACAGUGUGAGCAAGAAGCACGGGGCUACCUUGGUGCACUGUGCGGCAGGCGUGAGCCGCUCGGCCACCCUCUGUAUUGCGUACCUGAUGAAAUUCCACAAUCUGUGCCUGUUGGAGGCAUACAACUGGGUGAAAGCCCGGAGGCCUGUCAUCAGGCCCAACCUGGGCUUCUGGAGGCAGCUGAUAGACUACGAGAGCCAGCUCUUUGGGAAGUCUUCGGUUAAGAUGGUACAGACACCCUAUGGCAUCAUUCCAGACGUUUAUGAGAAGGAGUCCCGACACUUGAUGCCUUAUUGGGGGAUUUAGUGUUGCCACAGCUGGCAUCCACAGUCCCUCAGCAGUACCAGCAUCUGCCACACACCAUCUGUUCCCCUCUUCCUCUCUCUCUGGUUCUCCCGAGAGGGUUUCUACGCUGGGUGUUCGGGUUUAAGAGAUGGGGAGGGGAAAUACACGCGUUGCUAGUGACGUUUUUUUAAAACUAGCAUUUUGAAAUAGUGAACAUGGAAAUCUUUAACUGGCCUUUAAUCAUUUGUAACAACUGGACCACUGUAGGACACCUUUCCUGCUUUCUUUCUGGCUCCUGCCUUUUAAGAGCCUUAGCAGGUGCAGGAGGAGCUCAUUGCUCAGUUCUGGUCCUGAUUAACCCUCUAGAGACCAGCUUUGCCGAGGGCUGCAGGCUGGUCGGUUUAGGGAAGAUCAAGGGCAGCUCAGUCCCUGCAGGAUUAGCCUGGUCCUUUUCCUCUGUUAUUUGAUUCUAUAAGUUAAGUUCAUUGUUGUUUAGUUGAUAAGUGAUUAUGAUAAAAAUCUGUUGCAAAGACCUUCUUGAAAUUAGUGUGCCCCGGGAUCACAUUAGCGUUAUUUUUAAUAAACUUGCUUAACACAAGCCCUUUAUUAAUCA